UGACAUUUGAAAUCCUCGGGAAAUACAGCAAUGGCGUCAUUCAGUACCAUGGACACUUUUUCUCCGGCACCUUUUUGGCAAAAUGGUCCAGCACCAGGGGCUAUCUAUAAUUUCCCAGGGAGAGUUGUCAACCAAAAUGCCAAUCCCAUCCAAGUUUCACAAUCUCCAGUAACGACUGGUACAUCAGUCGUUGGAGUGCAGUUCAAGGACGGUGUCCUGAUCGCUGCUGACACCCUGGCGUCCUAUGGAUCACUAGCUAGAUACAGAAGUGUCGAACGUAUCAUGAAAGUCAACGAUAACAUUAUAUUGGGGGCUGGGGGAGACUACGCUGAUUUCCAGUACCUCAAAACCAUGAUUGAUCAGAAGAUUCUUGAAGAGCACUGCCUUGAUGAUGGCUUCACAUUGAAACCGAAAUCUCUGCAUUGCUGGUUGACACGAGUCCUCUACAACCGAAGAUCGAAGUUCGAUCCUUUGUGGAAUAAUUUCAUAAUUGCUGGAUUUGAUAAUGGAAAGCCAUUCAUGGGGACAGUGGAUAAACUUGGAACAGCCUAUGUCGACCCAGUAAUCGCCACUGGCUAUGGUGCCUACAUGGCAACUCCAUUACUUCGCAAAGCGUACGAGGCUAAUCCAGAAAUGAGUGAGGAGGAGGCCGCCCAUCUUCUCCACCAGUGCAUGGAAGUCCUCUACCUCAGGGACGGCAGGUCAUUCCCUAAAUAUCAACUGGGAGUCAUCACGAAGGAGAAGGGCAUUGAAAUAAAGGGACCCAUUGACGUGAAAGGACAUUGGGCCAUCGCUGGAAUGUAAAUUGUUGAAUAAAUUAUUCAAAGUGUUUUCUUGAAUAAUUCGAAUGAUAAUUCAAAUGAUUUCAAAUCUUCACGAAUAAUUUUUUUUAAUUGAUAAAUAAACAUUGAUAAAUACAAAUGCCUUCUAACGAAGGGAACGAUUCUUUUAACGAGUGAGAAUUUCACAACCAGUCUGAGUGAUUAGGACGGUGUGUUCCAUCUGUGCCGUUCUGGCACCGUCAACAGUCACUGCAGUCCAUCCGUCCUCAAGUACUCGAAUUUCACUGUCUCCUUGAGUCAGCACUGGCUCUAUAGUAAAUGUCAUCCCUGGCUGCAUCUCGCCAGCUUCAUCAUUAGC